AUGGGAUGCAUUUAUUUUCCAUAGCUUGUUUAAAUGUUGUAAUUUGAUAAUUAAUUAUAUAAUAUAAGGAUGUUGUCAAUAUCAUAAAUAUAGAAAUCACCUCAAGUGCAAUCUUCAAAGCAAUUGAAUAGAUUUAAUUUAUUUUCAAGAAAUAGAACACUUGACAAUACGGAAGCCAGUAAAAUGAGAGCUAAAUAUAUAAUUCAUGACAAAGAAAGUCUAUAUGAGGAAAUUUAAAAUCUGAAAUAAGAAAACAAUUAAUUAAAAUUAGCAUUACGAUAGUUUUAAUCUUAAAAUUAAUAUUUCAAGAGAGAAGUGCAAUCAAUUUUAAAAGAAGAAAGUGGUCCUUCUAAGAAUUAUACUAGAAUAAAAUAAGGGUUUUUAGAGAAAAUCACAAAGCUGGAGGUAUACAAUUGUAUAAAUAUAGGAAAAUAACAUUAAAUUGCAAUAAUAGUUAUAAGAAUAAAUAUCAUAUAUUAAUCAAUUAUAGAAUCCAUUGAAUAAAAAUAAUGUCGAAGGAUUGUGUAUGUCUCUAAGUGAAGAUAAUAUGAGAAUGAGCUAAUUAAUUUAACAAUUAGAAUAGUCAGUUAUAUAAUAAUAAGUACUGAAAAUUAAUAUAAAUUUAGAAUAAUUGUAAUAAAAUGAACAUUAAAUAUAAUGCAAUCUUAAAUAAAUAUAAGUAAAUCAAGAAUCUAAAUGCAUAAUUGUUAUUAGAGAUUGCAGAAUUAAAAAAAAAAGAUACUUUAUUUCUUGAAAGACCUCAAUAGAAAGAUAAUAAAAAGAUUGAAGAACAAUUAUAAUUGGGUUAUGAUUAAGCAAUGGUUGAUUUAAGAAAUGAAAGAUAAAAAAAUAAAUAUUUAGAAAAUCAAAUGCAAAAACUCUAAGGAGAUCAUUAAGAAUAAAUAGAUAAUUUAGAAAAAAAGAUUGCUGAAUAAAAGAGAUAAUUUGAAACAUUAUAAAGAGAAUAUGAAUUAGAAAAAUAAUAAAAAUAUUAAUCUAAAAGAACUAUUCUUAUAAAAAAUAAUGGUCCUUAACCACCUGAAGAAUAAGGAUAAUUAUAAGAAGAUAUUGAACUUUAAAAAAAGAAAUUUAUAAAUGUUGAUAAAAAUGAUAUUUUAGCCAUAGCUAGAUAAGUCAAAUUAAAUUUGAUUGGGUUGAAAAUAACAUUGUAAUAAGUAGAAUCUUAUUUAUUAACAGAUGAAAUAUUAACUUAAUAAUAAUUGAAAUAAAAUCUAUCAAAUAGAAUAUUUGGUUUAUAAACAAAUGAAUAAGUUGAAAUGGCUGCUAUUUAUUUAGCAGAUGUUGAAAAUGAAACUGAAACAACUACUAGUGCUAGAGUAAGAAGUAUUUUUAGAACUUUGAUGGAAAACUAUUAAAUUUUAAAUAUAGAUUAAUUGAAUAAUAUCAAUUAAUAGAUAAUGAAAAAGAAGAAUGAAAUCUCAGACAUUUUAAUUAGAAAAUAUCCAGAUACUUAUACAAGUGGAUAUAUUAUAAUUGAUGUAAAUCUAUUAAAUAAAAUUAGUCUUAUUUGGAAGUACUUUUUUAAGUGGAAAUUUAAUUAAGCAAAAUAGAAAUUGAUCAUUUUUAUGCUUUAAUCUAAAGAUCAAAUAGAUCACCAAGAAUAUUUUUGUAAUAAAUAUUUUCACCUUUUGAUGUAAAUUAAGAGGAAGAUGAUUUAGAUGAUUAAUAAUAGAAUAUAAAUUUAGGAGAUGGUUAACCUGAAAGUGUAAAAAUGUCAAAUAGUGAAAUAAUAAUUAUAAAUAAUCGUAAGGAAUCUGAAUUUGUUAAUUUAAUUGAGGAUGAUAUAGAUCAUAAUUAGAGAUCAAAUUAGAAGAAGAUAGAAAUCAAUAUAGAGAAAUUGGAUGAAUAAAAUGAAGAUGAAAUCAAGUAAUCACAAUAAUUGAAUUUGGAAUUGUCAGAAGAAGAAAAGAAUCCAUUCUAAGACGUAUAGCAUGAAGAAUCAGAUAUGAAAAUGAUUGAUUCGUAAGAAUUAAGAAAAUAAAGUUAACCUGAAUUAUAAUAAUUUUGA